UUAAAAAAAAAAAUUAAAAUCCACGAGUUUCGUGCACAGUUAAACAAAUUUAUCUGUGAAUCAUUUUCUCUUUCCUGAACUUCAACAUCACCAACAACUUCUCUGGAAAUUUCAGACAUUACUUGACUCUUUGUUUUCCUUUUCUUCUUCAUUUGAUUCUACUAUCAAUCUUCAAUUGGAUAACUCCAUAGCUAAGAAGAACAAAAUCACAGUAUAAAACCCAUUAGUUUCUCUUUGCUUUCUCUCCAGAAGACCAAGAUGAAUCCAAGGUCAAAUGAGAGAGAAAAGCAGAGAAGAGUUUUUAUUCUUCUAGGGUUUUUGUUUUUAACAUGGGUUUCUUCAAUUGAAUCCAGAUUUGUUGUUGAAAAGAAUAGUUUAAGGGUUACGUCACCUGAUGAAGUUAAGGGUACUUAUGAUAGUGCUAUUGGUAACUUUGGGAUUCCUCAGUAUGGUGGUAGUAUGGCUGGUACUGUUCAUUAUCCUAAGGAUAAUCGAAAAGGUUGCAAAGAUUUCAGUGAUUUCAGUAUUUCUUUCAAGAAGAAGCCUGGUCAAUUACCCAUCUUCGUUCUUCUCGAUCGAGGAGAUUGCUUUUUUGCUUUGAAGGUGUGGAAUGCCCAGCAAGCUGGUGCUGCUGCUGUCCUGGUUGCUGAUGAUGUUGAAGAAGCAUUGAUAACCAUGGAUACACCUGAAGAAGAUAAUGUAUCUGCAAAAUACAUUGAAAAUAUUACCAUACCCUCUGCGCUCAUUGAAAAGAGUUUUGGUGAAACACUGAAGAAAUCAUUCAGGAAUGGGGACAUGGUUAAUGUGAAUCUUGAUUGGAGAGAAGCUGUUCCUCAUCCUGAUGAUCGAGUAGAAUAUGAGCUAUGGACAACUAGCAAUGAUGAAUGUGGAGUCAAAUGUGAGAUGCUGAUGGGAUUUACGAAGGAAUUUAAGGGUGCAGCUCAGAUUCUUGAAAAGGGUGGUUAUACUCAGUUCACACCACACUAUAUCACAUGGUAUUGUCCUCAGGCUUUCACAAUAAGCAAACAGUGCAAAUCUCAGUGCAUCAAUCAUGGAAGAUACUGUGCUCCAGAUCCUGAUCAAGACUUCAGCAGAGGCUAUGAAGGGAAAGAUGUGGUGAUUGAAAACUUGAGGCAGCUCUGUGUAUUCAAAGUAGCAAAUGAGUCAAGAAAGCCUUGGAUAUGGUGGGAUUAUGUCACUGAUUUUCAAAUAAGGUGUCCCAUGAAGGAUAAAAAGUACAAUAAGGAUUGUGCUGAGGGGGUAAUCAAAUCAUUGGGACUUGAUAUGAAGAAGAUUGAGAAGUGUAUGGGAGAUCCAGAAGCUGAUGAAGAUAACCCUGUUCUUAAAGAAGAGCAGGAGGCUCAGAUUGGAAAAGGAUCUAGAGGUGAUGUGACCAUACUUCCCACACUUGUUGUUAACAAUCAUCAAUACCGAGGGAAGUUGGAGAAAGGAGCUGUAUUGAAGGCUGUUUGUUCUGGUUUUGAAGAAACUACCGAACCUGCUGUGUGCUUAAGUGAUGACAUAGAAACAAAUGAGUGUCUUGAUAAUAAUGGUGGCUGUUGGCAAGACAAAGCUGCUAAUGUUACUGCUUGCAAGGACACAUUCCGUGGAAGAGUAUGUGAAUGCCCCCUUGUAAAUGGCGUGCAGUUUUCAGGGGAUGGCUACAGCUUAUGCAAACCAAAUGGACCUGGUAGGUGCAAGAUGAACAACGGAGGCUGUUGGCAUGAAACUCGCCAUGGACAGACAUUUACAGCUUGUGUGGACCAUGAGGAUACCUGCAAAUGUCCUCCUGGGUUUAAGGGUGAUGGUGCGAAUAGUUGUGUAGAUAUUGACGAGUGCAAAGAGAAAACAGCUUGUCAGUGCUCUGAAUGUAACUGUAAGAAUACAUGGGGUAGCUACGACUGCUUGUGCAGCGGAGAUCUGUUGUAUAUGAAGGAUCACGAUACCUGCAUAAGCAAAUCGGCUGCACAGGCAAAAUCAACAUGGACAGCUGUAUGGCUUAGUUUCAUAGGUUUGGGUAUUGCUGCUGCUGGUGUUUAUCUCUUUUACAAGUACAGGAUCAGGCAAUACAUGGAUUCGGAAAUACGAGCUAUAAUGGCUCAGUACAUGCCGCUUGACAGCCAGACCGAAAUCCCAAAUCAUUCAAGUGAUGAUCGUGCAUAAGAACGAGAACGAGAGCUGCACUACGAUAUCUGAUAAAAGGGGAUUCGGUUUUGUUUAUUUGGCCUUCCUCUGUCAUCCUGUGGAUUUGAGUGUACACCACCUCUGUAAAUUAUGCCGGAUAAUAAGAUUGCCAUAGGAUUUUUUGUGUUUCCAGAUAUUUAUUUAGACUGUAACAUGCUGUGUAAUGUUGUAUUAGGAGAAACUUACUGACUGUAUUUGAUGAAAACCACCGAAAGGAUUGUGCCUUCUUCA